UUUUGCAUGGAACAAUCGAACCAUACCCAGCCACUCAUACAAGAAUAACAAACUUAUAAAAAGUCUUUGUCCCAAUUAGCAAAACCAGAUCUUACUCCAGCUCCUCGUCAAACAAGAAAUCAUAAUAAAAAAAAUCAGUAAACGAUGCCCCGCAACGCAGUCCCCGACGCAUGGGACGACGAUUGGGAGCCCGAAGCCGCAGCCUCAAAACCACCUUCAACACAAAUACCACGCAGCACCGCCAGCAGUCCCGAGGGAGGCGUACCUCUUACCACCGCAGAACGACUCGCCCGGCACGAGGAGUCCAAUCGGCGGCUAUGGCAGUCAGCCGACGCCCCAGAGGAUGUCCAGACGCACCAGUAUCUCCCGGCAACCAACAACGUGACACCCGUCGUCUUCAAGCCCGCCAUGAAGGUCCUCAGCCGCAGACCAGGCAACACACCGGUCGACGACAGUGAAAGGCUGGCCGCCGCCGCAACCCAGCAGCCGACUCCGGAGCAAAUGCGCCUGCAACGCGAGGAGAAGCAGCGCAGGUACAACGAGGCACGGGCCAAGAUAUUUGGCGAGCCGUCGUCGUCUCCCUCGGCCGCCAACUUGACGGGCGCGACAAACUCGGGUGCCUCCACGCCGGGGACCGUCACCCCGCCGCUGUCGGAUGGUGGUGCAGGGGUAACCUCGGCGAGGCACAGGCGGAGGGGUAGCAGGGGCAAUGGGCGAGGCAGGGGUGACGGCGGUGGCCGCGGUGGAGGCGGCAUGAGCAAUAAUCACAGCUUCAGUGGUCAGGGCCAGGUCAACAAUAGCAACAGCAGCCUUAACAGCGAUGCUCAAGUCCGCAGACCGCCACCAAAUAGGGAGCUAUACGACCCUAACUCGUCCCCAAAGCCGAGACGUGGGGGCGGCAGCGAUGUAGCGGCUUCUCCCAGAUCCGGCACGCCACGUGAAGAUGAUUUGGGGUCACGUAUUCAAGCCGUUAGGGCGCCCAAGGGGCCGGACGGCACAGGCAGAGGUGGCUUUGGGUUUUCCACUCGUAGUGGGUGAUCAAUCAUCAAGAUUGUAUGCAUUGGCUAUGUGCUAUGCUAUAUCGCUAUGCGCCAUGUGGAGAUGGAGAGGCAAAGCGGUCUUUACAAACGCAAAAUCACCAGCCACCGCCAAUCUUCCCAGCAAGCUGCACUACUCUUUCACUGUCGGUCAAGGCAUUCCCGCCUUUGCCAACGUCACUGAUAACCUCCCGGAAGCUGGUGUACACUAGGACAUCCUGACUUAUCCCUGAUAGGGUAGCCCAAUGCGCCAGCACAUCCCGGAUGUAUGAAGGACUAAUCCCAUCGACGAGAUCAGUGAGGACGGGUUCGCCGUUGUGGUACCCGUCUAAGCCGCCGUAUGCAGAGUCUUCUUGCUCAGAAUCCGAGCUCUCGCCCGAGAAAUACGCCUCGUCCACAUCCUUGAGCAGCUCCUUUUGCUCUUGCGGCCCAGGCUUGGUGGCAUAACCCCUUCGAUCGAUAAUGAUCUGGUCGUCUGCCUUGACCUGGCCACCACCGUUGGUACAGCCACCAGGGCAAGCCAUCACCUCGACGUAGGUAUUCUCUACUGUCACAGCAGCAGCAGCGCCUGCCCUACCCGUCGGCACUCGUCUUGCGCUGCCGAAGGGCUUGCCGCCGGGCAUGCGUGACGGCUUGGCAGGCUUGAGUUUGCGCACGAGGUUCUGAAUGUUGCGGAAGCCGUAAUACCUGGCGGCCUUGAAGAUGAUUUCAUUCGACCCGGCGGCAUGCACAGUAUAUUCGACAACAUCAACGUUCCUGCCUCGCGUCGUCUCGAGGCGAGAGCCAGAAUUCCUCGCGAUUACAUCUUGCAGAAUGAAAUGAAGAUUCCCGCCCGACGUUCCGGCAGCACGGGAAGGCCUGUGUCUUUGCCGGGGCGGGAAGAGGAAGUGGUGGAUUUUAUCGUCAGGAAACUGCUGUUGCUUCAAUGGAGGUGACAUGGGAAGGUUGAAAAAGUCGAUUCCACGGGAUUCGGUGAGCAUAAAUACCUCCUUGCUGGUAAUGACGCAGUCGACAUCACGUGUGCCCCUACCGGGAUUGCCGUCUCCCGCCCAGACCGAGUCCGUAAGCUCCUCGCGACUUGCUUCGAGUUUCUUGUCGAAGCACGGCAUGAGAGCGAGAUGCCAUAUACGAUCAGCGGGGAUCCCAAGAGUGCGGCUCAGCGUCGUCUUUAGUAAAGUUCCCACCAAGGCUUGUGGAGACUUGACGCGCGACAGAUGCGGAAGCACGUAGGGGUGUGUCUUUUCGGCAUAGCAGACCCAACCGGGACAUGAGGAUGUCAGUAUUGGUUUCUUGGGUGCAGUGGAUGAAGCAGCGUCCAGCACCUCGUCCGAACCGAGAACAAGGCAAGCUUCCCUCGCUGCAUUUGUGUCAACAACCCAAGCGAACUUGUUCCCCCACUUUCCACCGGCCGAAAGACCUUCUGGGCCCAUCAGAAGUCUGUCGAGCAUGCGCCCAGCCUGCCGCUCCGUCACCCCGGGGCCGAUAGCGGCCGCAAGGCUUGCCCUUGUCUGUGGCGAAACGCUCGCAAUGAAUAGCCGACGCGCCGGGUCUUCUAAUCCUUCUACGGAGAACCGGCCGGUGGAUUCGUCGCGAACAACCUGCAGCGCAGGCGCCGAGUCCAGGACACUCAGCAGCUCCGAGUGGCUCUGUAGGCUGACCAGCACAGCCUCGGCGGACGUGACGCAGCCGGAACAGGCGAGACAGUCGGUCAGAGAUAUUUGCGCUGGUCCCGCGGCCGCCGAAGAGGAGCCAUUCUGUUGGCCGUCGAGGAUGACUUCGUGCUCGAGCGAGGGGUCGGUCGGGGCGGCAGCGGGUAGAGUCUCGAUGGGUUUGAUGCAGGCGACGCCGGGACUGAUGAAAUCGUUGAGGUCGUCAACGGACAGAAUGGCGCUCAUCGCGGCGGCAGAUCAGGAGGGGGCUGCGGCGCCGAGGGCCGUGGUUGCAAAUCCGGCAGAGUGACACCUUUCGUGGUCGGAGAGGGCGAAGUGGGGUGUGGGGGGGUAUCGAAAUGGUAUCAAGAUCGCGUUAAUAUUCAGGCCAGUGAUUUGGUAUUCAUAGAUUCUUC